GCGGAGACCGCAGUUGUAGAAAGUGUCGGACACUUGUUCUGUUUCUAUAGUGGUCGAUGUUAAACGGUCUAAAUGCAACUGGGAUAUUUAUUUUAUCGAUAAAUUGAUCGGCAACUGGAAUAUCGAAUGCUCAAAUUUAUGAUGUUGGAUGAUACCUGAAAUAAAGUAUUUAACAUGGCGGAGAAUGUCAAAGUUAUAGUAAGAUGUCGGCCUAUGAACAAAAGGGAAACAGAAACAAAUUGCAAAUGUGUUGUGAAAAUUCAAAAUCCAGUAGUUGAAAUAUGGGACCCUGGAGAUGGGUCAGCUUUUCCUAAAACCUUCACAUUUGAUUCUUCAUACGACCAAAGUUCUUGCACUGAAGUUAUAUACAAUGAUAUUUGUUAUCCUUUAGUUGAAAGCGUUCUAGAAGGUUACAAUGCCACCGUUUUCGUUUAUGGACAAACAGGGUGUGGAAAAUCGUUCACAAUGGAAGGAAUCAAAGGCCCAGAUCCCAGUCAAAAGGGCGUUAUAUCCAGAGCAUUCGAGCAUAUUUUCGAAGCUAUAUCAGUUACGUCAGGUGUUAAGUACCUAGCGUUAGUGAGCUACUUGGAGAUUUACAAUGAACAAAUAAGGGAUUUAUUAGUGCCAAAUGAUAAAAUGGCUUCAAGUAGCACUCUUAGUUUAAAAGAGACAGCUAACGAAGGACUUACAGUGCCAGGUUUAACUGCUCACCCUGUCCAUAAUGCUCAAGAAUGUGAACACUUAUUAAACAUAGGGUCAAAAAAUAGAAUGAUUGGAGCUACGCUGAUGAAUCAGAAUAGUUCAAGGAGUCAUAGUAUAUUUACUAUUAAUAUAGAACAAUUGAGCAAAAUUAAUAAUAAUGAGAGUAUAAGAAAAGGGAAACUCAAUCUAGUAGAUCUAGCUGGUUCAGAGAGACAGACCAAAACGGGAGCAACUGGUGAUAGACUGAAAGAAGCAACAAAAAUUAAUCUAUCUUUAAGUGCUCUUGGGAAUGUAAUAUCUGCAUUAGUUGAUGGAAAAGCCAAGCACAUUCCGUACAGAGAUUCAAAGCUCACCAGAUUGCUACAAGAUUCAUUAGGAGGAAAUACAAGAACGCUUAUGAUAGCUUGCGUUAGCCCUGCGGAUAGAGAUUACAUGGAAACCUUGUCAACUUUGAGGUAUGCUAACAGAGCCAAAAAUAUUAGCAAUAAACCAAAAGUAAAUGAGGAUCCAAAGGACGCUCUUGUAAGACAAUACCAAGAGGAAAUUGAAAGACUUAAGAGUAUGUUAACUUCUCGUCCUGAUUUAAACACAGUACAAGUUGUGGACCUAAUAGGCUCAAACGAAAACCUUGACCAAAUUGAAAUAAACAAAAAAUUAGAGCUUAAAAAUUCAGAAUUAGAUGCCAAGAGAGAUAAAUUAUUGCAGGAGUAUCAAAGUGAAAUGGACAAACUGCGAAAUUUGCAUGAAAGCGAGAAAAAUGAAAAGGAGAUAGUCUUGAGACAAAUAGAACUGAUAAAACAAGAAUAUGAAGAAAAUAUUAAAAAACUAAACGAAGAAAUCAAAGAAAAUCAAAAAAAGGAAAUAUGUUCGAAAGAAGAAAUAGUGAAAAGAAUAGAAACUUUAAAGAAAGCCCUUAUUGGUGGAGAAAAAGCAAAUGAUAAAGAGUUAUCGGAAAGACGUUUGAAAAAAAAGAUGGCGGCAGAAAGAAGAGCAAGUGUGAUAGCUCAUCUGCUGGCUAAAAUUGAUAUGAACGAAGAUAGAGAAUUACUACAGAAUCAAUAUAAAAGUAUAAGUCACGAGCUUGAUUUAAAAACAGAAGCAUUGCGCCGAUUCAGGUAUAAAGUAAAAACGUUGGAAAAAGAUAUCAGUGAUAUACAGAGUGAAUUUGAACAAGAGAGGGAGGAUUAUUUGGAAACUAUAAGGAAACAGGACAGAAAUAUAAAAUUGUUAAGCCAAAUCAGUCAAAAAUUAUCUGGAACUUUAAAAAAGGAUUGUAAUUACAGCGAUCUAGAUUCAAUAAAGGAACAAGCAAUCUGGUUAGAUGACAGUCAAAGAUACAAAUUACCUGAAGUUGUAUAUACUAGAACCAAAUUACCUCCCGCUGGAAGAUUUUCGGACAUACAAACAGCUCCGGCGAGACUAAACAGCGAAUUAUCUUUGGAGAGCCAAAAUUCUCUAGAUAAGAUCUAUCAAGAUUUUUCAUCAUUAUUACCUUUUGCACGCUGCUUUAAUUGCACAGGACAAAACCAUAAUCGGAUAAAAUCGAUCAGCGCCAAUUAUAUACAUAACGGAGAGGCCAACUCUAAUAUGGAAAAGGAAAAUAUUAUAACAAACUAUUUUAAACCGGCUACACAAAGAGCAAAUGAAUUACUCAAUCAAUCGGCUAAAUUAGAUACACAAAAAGUAUUUAAUACAUGGAGAGGCCACACUUUACUUCCAGAUUUUGCGAAAAGACACAAAACCAGAUCAACAGAAAAUCUGAAUUUCGAUUAUCCAUCUUUAAACUCACCAAACACUUUAAAAGGAUUUCAAAGCCAUUGGCUUACAGGAACAGGCACAUCAUUACAUAAAGAUAAUUUAAAGAAACCAUUUACCUUAGAAGCAUUGCCGAAUAUCGGGAAACCAAAUAAAAAUGUUAAACUUAAUACAAUGGAAUUUUUGUAAACAAACAAUUUACCUAAAUUGUGAUAAUAGAAAAAUUUAUCAAGAGUUAUUUAUUUAUAAAACUUUAUAAAAUUAUUGAUAUUGAGAGUAUAUUGUAAAAAAUUGUUAUAAUAUUGAGUUAUGUUUACAUUUAUAGAUCAACAUUACUCUAAAACUUUA